AUGACAUUCUCCUCUAUCCCCCUGAUUGACUGGCAGGCUUUGCACUCCGACACCAAACCGGAAGCACUUGCCCAGCUCCGCGAUGCCAUCUUCCAGGUCGGAUUCCUCUACCUGACCAACCACGGCCUGGAGGAUCUCAUCCGUCGUGCCCAUGCCCAUCUCCCUGAGCUCUUCGACCUGUCCGACGAGGUCAAGCAGAGCGUCAAUAUGAUCCAUUCUCCCUCUUUCGUGGGAUAUACCUGUCUAGGUGCGGAGACGACCGCAAGCAGGACGGACUGGCGGGAGCAAUAUGAUUUCGGAUCCCCCGGUAUGAAGAAAUGGGCUCUGGAAGAUCCCAUCUGGCAACGGCUUGAGGGGGAAAGUCAGUAUCCCACGGAACACACCAAAGACCUUGUUGAGGAAUACAUCCAGUCCAGCGCCUCUCUGGCGCGACAAUUCGUGCGUGCCGUUGCAGAAUGUCUAUCCCUGCCGACGUCCACUUUCGACUCCUUCCUGGGAAACAUGGACCGACUGAAAUUCAUCAAAUAUCCCCCUGUCGCGCCUGGUUCGCAGGGCGUCGGUCCCCACAAGGACUCGACGGGGUUAUUCACCUUCCUGGCGCAAGACGAUACCGGUGGACUGCAAGUGCUGAACAAAAAUGGUGAAUGGAUCGAUGCACCACCUAUCCCGGGGACUUUGGUUGUGAAUAUCCAGCAAGGAUUUGAAGCCAUCACGGGGGGUAUUUGUACGGCGACAACGCAUCGGGUUGUGGCUCCCAUCUCCCGAACCCGAUACAGCAUUCCAUUUUUCAUGGGCGUGCGCAUGGACUUGACGCUCCCACAGCUGGAGGAGUCCGCCGCGCAUAUUGUGCAGCGUAUCCCCGCCAGUGAUGAUCGCAAGAAACGCGCCGUCGAUGUUCCGAGCGAGUUUCUCUCGCCGUUGUAUUCCUGUUUCGGCGAGGCAUACCUUCGAAAUCGUAUCAUUAGCCAUCCUGACGUGGGGAAGAAGUGGUAUCCGGAGUUGUAUGAGCGAUAUUCUAAGUAG